UUGAGUGUAAUAGCACAGAAUAAGGACUAGUAGAACUUAUUUCGUGGUAAUAGGCGGCACGAUUGAACUACGAACAUUAUAUGAUUUCAAAGGAUCUUCAAAAAACGAAGCUUUUAUCGUUCGUUAAUUUAUUCGCGCGUGCGCGAAUUGGCGUAACAUACUAUACUCUACGCGGCUCUCUGAAUUGCGGUGAUGGCGAGCGUUGAAUGAAACGAGUUGUUUAAGCUGGCACGAAAGUCUAGACAAGACUGAGCAAAGCAAGAGGGUUGAUAAGCCAUUAAAACCAGUGAGUACGAAAACGAGAUCCGUCCGUACUCUACCAAAAAAAUAGCUCUUCCGAAUGGUGUAGAACGACCGUAAGGAAUCGCGGAGAACAUAGACAUAACCAUAAAAAAAGACCUGCUAUCUACAAAGUUUAAUUGUAAGCACUGUUCAGAAUGCCUGUAGUACCCGGAGGCGCAUACCAACAGGGGGGACCCUCUUGCUGGGAUAAAAUGAAAAUGGGAUUCACGAUUGGAUUCUGCGUUGGCAUGGCAUCGGGAGCUCUAUUCGGUGGCUUCUCAGCGUUAAGGUACGGAAUGCGGGGUAGAGAGCUGGUGAACAAUGUUGGAAAAGUGAUGAUUCAGGGUGGUGGGACAUUUGGGACAUUUAUGGCAAUUGGAACUGGAAUAAGAUGCUAGUGACUCAAAAUAGUGAUACUAUUUAUGUAUUUUAGAACCUAUCAUGAACCAGCUACAAACAUUAUACCAUAUAAAUAAUGCUGUAUAACAAAUUGGCAUAAGACCAAUGGCAACUGCAUAGACAGUGUUUUGCAUUUCUUGUUUAAAUCACUCAGGAGUAAUGAAGAUGUAUCAAAACUUGUUAUCAUGGUCAAUAAAAUGAUGUGCACAGAAAA